CCUUGGCGAUGUGAUGUUUUAGCGAAGGUAACGGUUAUCCGAGCAGACGCGGCGUGAAGCUGGAGGCAAACAGAAGCAGUUUUUAAAAAAGAAAUGGCUUCCUGUUUGGUCCCGGAGUUCCCCGCCGUCUUGGUGGCCCUCGAGCACCUGGAGGAGCUGAACCGGCAGCUGAGGGAGGACGGGGAAGCCAGCAUCCUGCUGUCGGACAUCGCCGCCGCGGUCUCCCAGCUAGAGGCGGACAGGCGCGCGGCUCACGAGCAUUUGGAGGUGGAGACUAUCGAAAACGGGAAGCUGAGGCACCAGGCUGUCUCCAGCGUGAUCCCAGCCUGCAGAUGGCAGUAGGGAGCAGCCCUCUCUGUGCCGUGACCUUGCCUCGCUGCUGGAGGGUCAGCCUGCCACCUCCUCUGUGUUUUCCCUGAAGACACUCACGUGCUGGAGGAGACACCCUCUCUGUCCCUUCAGUCUGGGCCAGGUCAAACACGGCUUUGAAGAAGUUCAUUAAAACCUGGAAUUCGGAGGACAUUAUCAGAUCACGCUUUUUAAGGAGCAGUGUGUCCGAUGGGUGGAGGGGCCACCAGGCUGUACAGCACCCUGACUCAGAGCCUGGGCAGCAACAGCUCCCCCCGCCCUUACCUGGACCCCCACCAUUUGGACGUCACAAACCUGGAUCCAGAUUUCCAUCAGCAGCAGAACGGCUCCUCCGUCCGUCCUCCCGAUCCAGAGGAGCUGCUGCGUCAGUGCGAGGAGGCGCUCAGGGACCGGCCCCCUCGCCUCCACAGGCAGUUCGUUCACCUCAAUAAUGACAACGGCGCCCCCAACAGCCCCGUCAGGGUGAUGCAGUGGAACAUCCUGGCACAAGCUCUGGGAGAAGGCGUGGAUAACUUCGUCCGGUGUCCCCUGGACGCCCUCUGCUGGUCCCAGAGAAAAUGUCUCCUCCUGGAGGAGAUCCUCACCUACCGACCUCACAUCCUGUGUCUGCAGGAAGUCGACCACUACUACGACACCUUUGAACCCGUCCUGGCAGGUUUGGGGUACAGCGGUCACUUCUGCCCCAAGCCCUACUCCCCGUGUCUGGAUGUGGAGGGCAACAACGGCCCCGACGGCUGCGCGCUCUUUUAUGACCGCUCCAGAUUUGAGCUGCUGGACAGCACGAGCACGCGGCUCUACGCCAUCAUGAUCCCCACUAACCAGGUUGCUGUAGUGACCACUCUGCGUUGCCGCAUCACGGGAAACUUCGUGUGUGUCGCCGUGACGCACCUGAAGGCUCGUUCCGGGUGGGAGUGGCUUCGCAGCGCUCAAGGAUCCGACCUCCUUUGGCAGCUCCAGAAUCUGACCAACAAGCUCUCCGCCGGGCUCGGCGACGACAACAUACCUCUGCUCAUCUGCGGAGACUUCAACGCCGUCCCAACGGAGGACGUCUACCGCCACUUCGCCGUUUCUCCUCUCGGUUUGGACUCCGCCUACAAAAAACUCAGCCAAGACGGCUCAACAGAACCAAAGUACACAUCCUGGAAGAUCCGGGCCACGGGGGAAUGCUGCUCCACUCUGGACUACAUCUGGUACACAAAAGACACCCUGAGAGUGAACGCGGUUCUGGACAUGCCCACCGAGGAGCAGAUCGGACCGGACCGGCUUCCAUCCUACAGCUACCCAUCCGACCACCUCUCUCUGGUUUGUGACUUUACAUUUAGGGAGAAGGAAUGAAGGAGGACAUCCAUGGAGCGCUGAUGCUGGGAAGUCGAGGUCCCCUCACUCCACGAGGAGGAGGGCGAGCAAGUGAAACUGGGAAAGAAAGAAGGCCGGAAAACUGGAGUGGGAAGUUCAGGAAACGACAGAGUCUGACUGCCAGGUUUGCGGAUAGACAAACGCGGACAGUCGAUCUCUUUAGACUCUGAAGGCUUUUGCACGCCAGGUCACUGCUUUGCGCCACCAUCUGGACUAAAACUGAAGUACUUUGAUUUUUACGAUUGUGCUGGAAAAGGAAAACCUUUGAGAAACUUUUGCUGUACAGUAGAGAAAAUAAACGAUUUUGCUUGACAUUCAA